CGUGGCAACGCCGUCGCGUUCGCGAAGGAAUCGACGAGGUGGUGGUGGUGGGGGCGUCACUCAGAAAAUCGACGAGGGGGAGGGAGUCGCAAAACGAUGGCGGCUUUGGCGCUCGCGUUGCGUUCAUCGGCGAGGCUCUGCGGGGCUGCGCGCCGCGGGGCCGCCGCCGCCGCCGCCGCGACCUCAUCGUGCGGGCCGCGCAGAGGCGCCGCUCACUUCACGUUCGUGGCGGACCCUGCACCGACUCAGUACGGAGAAACUCAGAAGAUGAAUCUCUUCCAAUCCGUAAACAGUGCCAUCGAUGACUCUCUUGCCAACGACCCAUCUGCCGUGGUGUUUGGAGAGGACGUCUCGUUUGGAGGAGUAUUCCGCUGCACAGUCGGGCUUCUCGACAAAUACGGCAAGGACCGCGUGUUCAACACGCCGCUGUGUGAGCAAGGCAUCGUGGGCUUCGCCAUCGGCAUGGCCGUCACUGGAGCUACCGCCAUCGCCGAAAUCCAGUUUGCCGACUACAUCUUCCCGGCGUUCGACCAGAUCGUGAACGAGGCCGCCAAGUACCGCUACCGCUCCGGGAACAUGUUCAACUGCGGGGGGCUCACGGUGCGUGCGCCCUGGGGCUGCGUGGGUCACGGCGCGCUCUACCACUCGCAGAGCCCCGAGGCCUUCUUCGCUCACGUGCCCGGCAUCAAGGUGGUUAUUCCGAGGGGGCCCAUUCAAGCCAAGGGGCUGCUGCUGUCCUGCAUCAACGACCAGAACCCCUGCAUCUUCUUUGAGCCGAAGGUUCUGUACCGAGCCGCAGUGGAGCAGGUGCCAGUGGGGCCCUACGAGCUGCCGCUGUCCCAGGCCGAGGUGCUGCAGGAGGGCAGCGACGCCACGCUGCUCGGGUGGGGCACGCAGGUGCACGUGCUGCGGGAGGUGGCCGCCAUGGCCCAGGAGAAGCUCGGCGUGUCGUGUGAACUCAUCGACCUGCAGACCAUCCUGCCCUGGGACAUGGCGACCGUGUGCGAGUCCGUGGUGAAGACGGGCCGGCUGCUCGUGGCGCACGAGGCUCCAUACACCAGCGGAUUCGCGGCGGAGAUCGCCACCACGGUGCAGGAGCAAUGCUUCCUGAACAUGGAGGCGCCCGUGCACCGCGUGUGUGGCUUCGACACGCCCUUCUCCCACAUCCACGAGGUCUUCUACAUCCCCGACAAGUGGCGCUGCUUCGAAGGAAUCCGCAAACUCAUGGCCUAUUGAGCGACCGAGAUGGGGGGUGGGGAGGUGGAGGUGGGGGGGUCGGGGCAAAGCCCUCGGGUCUCCGCCGUUCUCAGGAUCGUGGGGGGGGGGCGUCUCGCCUGCCUAAGUCAAACCCUUUCACAUUGCGCUCAGCAGUCGCGCAAAGCAGGAGGGUGGAUUCCGAGGCCUCCGUGGUGCAGGUUGAACGAUUAAAAUUUAUCAUUGCUUUGAGCAGUGUUAGGAGGGGGGGGUGACUUUUUGCGGUGGGCAGGGAACCACACAAAACAUCUUAAAUACACGGGAUUUUGUUUUUGAAGUUGCGUGAAUUUUGCAAUUUCACGCAAGCUGCUUCAUUUGAAUGACUUUUACGAUCGCUUCAAACGAACUCGCUUGUUGGGCCGAUUCGUUGAACUUCGGGGUAAAUAUACGCGACGUGCAAUGACUGCCGCUCCGUGCCCUGUGUCCGGUACCAUGCGACCGCAUCGCGGAGACGCUGCACGCGGAUGGUGAGGCUAAUUUGAGAGGCAGGGAGAGAGGCAGUCGGUCACGGGCAGAGAGACAACCGGUGUUAAGCCUGGACUUUGACAGGGGCGGGCAGUCGACCGCGUGGACCGCUGGGGUGAGGGGGUUCCGAUCCGUGAAUGUCGGCCGAUGCUUCACUGCUUCAGCACCCAAGCUGCUAACUCC